AUGGCGGAGAAACCGGAGGACCUGAACCUUCCUAACGCGGUCAUCACGCGCAUCAUCAAGGAGGCGCUUCCAGAUGGGGUGAACGUGUCCAAAGAGGCGCGCAGAGCCAUUUCCCAGGCUGCCAGUGUCUUUGUGCUGUAUGCAACCUCCUGCGCCAAUAAUUUUGCACUGAAGGCCAAACGGAAGACUUUAAAUGCUGGGGAUGUUAUGGCAGCGAUGGAGGAGAUGGAGUUUGAGCGCUUCCUGGAGCCUCUCAGAGCAGCUCUAGAAGUGUACAAGAAAGGACAGAAAGGAAAGAAGGAAGUAUCUGAGCAGAAACGCAAAGAAAAAAAGCAGGCAGACGGUGAGCAUGAAAAGAACAAGGAAGAUGAGGAGGGAGAGGAUGAGGAAGAACAACGUAUGGAAGAGGAGCCCGAGGAGGGCGAAGAGGAGGUGGAGAACUGAGGACCUGCUCCUCACGGGGAUGGAGCUGACAUGAAAGCACAGAUGUCCAGCAGCAGAUCAGACUCUGGUUUUACAGACUGUUAACCUGAUGGUUCUGGCAGUCUCCUCCCCAUCAGUCAGCGGUUUGUCACUGACGUUCCAUGAUUCAGUCUUUUGUAGUUUGAAUAAAUGUUUUGUAUGCAAGUA